AUGCCAGCUGCCGCCGCUAAGAACACUCUGAGCAACGUCGAAGUCAAGAAGUUGGCUGCUCCCAGCGAAGUCGAGACCAAGAAGGCCAAGGAGCUUUUGAAGACUCUUUCUGGUGCUGCCGAUGCCGAUCGUGAGGCUGCUGCCCAGGAGAUUGCUGCCUUUGUCAACGCCAACGGUAUCCAGUCUCUCAAGCAAUAUGGUGUCCUCGAUGCCAUUGCCAAGGAUUUCGGAAACAAGAAGAAUGCCGGUGCCCGUCAGUCUGCUAUUGCUGCUGUCAAGGCUUUGACCGACAACAGCGUUGAGGGCCAGGUUGAGCCCUACAUCGUUCCUUUCUUGGCCAGCCUUUUGGAACUCCAGGCCGACAAGCAGGCUGCCGUCAAGACCGCUGCUUUCGAGGCCGCCAAGAACAUGAUCGUCAAGUUCAACCCCUAUGCCACUGCCGUCUUCAUUCCUUACAUUUUGGAAGGUUUGGGCAACUCCUGCAAGUGGCAGACCAAGAUCCUCUCCUUGACUCUCUUGGAUGAGCUCGUCAAGGGCAAGGCCGAACAGUUUUUCUGGACCAUCCCCGAUGUCAUCCCCGUUGUUUCGGACUGCAUGUGGGACACCAAGGCCGAUGUCAAGAAGGCCGCCACCACCACCAUGGGUAACAUCUGCGCCUUGGUCGAGAACAAGGAUAUCGAGCGUUUCAUUCCCGCUGUCAUUGCUUGUAUCAACAAGCCCGAGAAUGUCCCCGAGACCAUUCAUUUGCUCGGUGCCACCACUUUCGUCCAGGAGGUCGAUUCCGCCACUCUCUCCAUCAUGGUUCCUUUGCUCAGCCGUGGUUUGAACGAGCGUGCCACCCCCAUCAAGCGUAAGUCUGCUCUUAUCAUCGACAACAUGUGUAAGCUCGUCGAUGAUCCCGAAGUCGCUGCUCCCUUCUUGCCUCUUUUGUUGCCCGCUCUCGAGAAGAUCCAGGAUGUCGUUGCCGAUCCCGAGUGCCGUGGCGUCGUCCAGAAGGCUCUUGCCACUUUGGCCCGUGUUGGCGGUUCGAACAUCGAAAUUCUUUCCACCUCCGACAAGGCCGAGAAGGUCAGCUCCACCUUCAAGGAAUUGUUGCCCGCCGACAUUGACGAGUUCUUCGCUACCGAGUCCAAGUACCUCGCCGACGUUGCUUUGGCUCUCUGCGUUGCCAAGAACUUCUUGAAGGAUGUCUGGGUCAAGGCUCUUUCCCCCUACGUCAAGUUGUUCUCUGCCGAGUCUGAGACCAUCAUUUCCAAGGCUCUUGACAAGUGCGAGGAAGCCGUCACUCCCAAGGACCCCGAGGAGGAAGAUGAUGAGGGUGAGGAUCUCUGCAACUGUGAGUUCUCGCUUGCCUAUGGUGCCAAGAUCUUGUUGAACCGCACCUCUCUCCGUCUCAAGCGUGGUCGCCGUUAUGGUCUUUGUGGUUACAACGGCUGUGGUAAGUCCACUCUCAUGCGCGCCAUUGCCAACGAGCAGGUCGAAGGUUUCCCUCCCAAGUCCGAGUUGAAGACCGUCUACGUCGAGCACGACAUUGAUGGUUCUGAGGCCGAUACUCCUUUGGUCGACUUCAUCAUUGCUUCCGACGGUGUCGAGACCAAGGACAAAGCAAAGGUUGCCCAGAUCUUGCGUGAUUACGGUUUCUCUGAGGAGAUGGUCACCUCCAUGGCCAUUGGCUCGCUUUCCGGUGGUUGGAAGAUGAAGCUCGCUCUCGCCCGUGCUAUGUUGAUGAACGCCGAUAUCUUGCUUUUGGACGAACCUACUAACCAUUUGGAUGUUGUCAACGUCGCUUGGUUGGAGAACUACUUGCUCGGCUUGAAGACUGUCACCUCCAUCAUUGUCUCCCACGACUCCAACUUCUUGGACCACGUCUGCUCGGACAUCAUUCACUACGAGAAGAACUACAAGCUCAAACGUUACAGAGGUAACCUUUCCGAGUUCGUCAAGAAGGUUCCCACCGCCGCCGCCUACUACUCGUUGGAUGCCUCGCAGCUUGCCUUCAGAUUCCCUGAGCCCGGUUACUUGGAAGGUAUCAAGACCAAGGAACGUGCCAUCUUGAAGAUGAAGAAUGUUGACUUCCAGUACCCCGGUACCGAGAGAAAGCAGCUCAAGAACAUCACCAUGCAGUGCUGCUUGGCCUCCCGUGUCGCUGUCAUUGGUCCCAACGGUGCCGGCAAGUCCACCUUGAUCAAGUUGUUGACUGGUGAAAUGGAAUCCGAGAUCGGUACUGUCUGGAAGCACGCCAACUUGCGUAUUGCCUACGUCGCUCAGCACGCUUUCCACCAUAUUGAAAAGCACUUGGACAGCACCCCCAACGAGUACAUCCAGUGGCGUUACGCUACCGGUGAAGAUCGUGAAGAGUUGGACAAGGUUGACCGUGUCAUCACCGAAGAGGAAGAGAAGCAGAUGAACCAGGCUUUCGUCAUCGAGGGUGAGAAGCGCAUUGUCGAAGACAUUGUUGGCCGUCGUAAGCUCAAGCAGUCGUACGAGUACGAAGUUGCCUGGGUUGGCAAGUCGUCCAUGGAGAACACCUGGAUCUCCCGUCAGCGUUUGGAGACCAUGGGCUUCGCCAAGAAGAUCGCCGAAGUCGAUGCUCAGGAAGCCGCCAAGAUGGGUCUCAACCGCCCCUUGACCUCCAAGGAAAUUGAAAAGCAUUUGGAAGAAGUUGGUUUGGAGCCUGAGUUCGCCACUCACUCGCGUAUCCGUGGUUUGUCCGGUGGUCAGAAGGUCAAGUUGGUCAUUGGUGCUGCCAUGUGGAACCGUCCUCACAUGUUGGUUCUUGACGAACCUACCAAUUACUUGGAUCGUGACUCUCUCGGUGCCUUGGCCGGUGCCAUCAAGGAAUACGGUGGUGGUGUCGUCAUUGUUACUCACAACCGUCAAUUCUCUGAAGCCCUCUGCACUGAAGUCUGGAAGGUCGACAACGGUGAGCUCGUUGCCUCUGGCCACAACUGGGUCUCUGGUAACGGUUCCACCCAGAUCAAGGAAGAGGAAGCCGAAGACAUGGUCGAUGCCCAGGGUAACACCGUCAAGGCCGUCAAGAAGAAGGAGAAAUUGAGCUCCAAGGAACUCCGUAAGAAGAAGAAGGAGCGUAUGGAGCGUCGCAAGCGUGGUGAGGAGGUGUACUCUGAUGAGGAGGAUUGGUAA